AUGGUGGUGAAGGUAUAUGGUCCACGAACAGCAGCCUGCUCUCAAAGGGUGUUAGCUUGCCUCUUAGAGAAAGGGGUUGACUUUGAAAUUGUCCAUGUUGACCUUGAUCACGGAGAGCAAAAGCAACCUCAUUUUCUUCUGAAACAGCCUUUUGGUCAAGUACCAGUUGUGGAAGACGGGGAUUUCAGACUCUUUGAGUCAAGGGCAAUAGUAAGGUACUACGCAGCAAAACAUGCAGAGAGUGGUCCUAAUCUAUUAGGUUCAACCUUGGAGGAGAGAGCAAUGGUGGACCAGUGGCUUGAAGUAGAAGCACACAACUUCAACGAUUUGUGUUUCACUCUCAUGCUUCAACUUGUGAUCCUUCCAAAGAUGGGUCAGCCAGGGGACUUAGCUUUGGCUCAUAGCUCUGAGCAGAAGCUAGAGAAGGUGCUUGAUGUCUACGACAAGAGGCUCUCAGAGAGCGCUUAUCUCGCCGGAGACACCUUCACUUUGGCCGAUCUUAGUCACCUUCCGGGGAUCGAUCAUCUCAUUGAGGAUGCCAAGAUGGGCCACUUGAUCACUCAGAGGACCAAUGUUAAUGCUUGGUGGCAGAAAAUAGCAAGCAGGCCAGCUUGGAAAAAAUUGAAGAAUUUGAUUCAUUAAUUACGAAAUGUUUAAACUUAUUAAUAAUAAAUAUCUUAUGUUUUUAUAAAAUGUAAGCUUUUGUGUGUGCCAAUUAAUUAUGU